AUGGAGGUGAUCUUUAAAGAGGGGAUGCUCUUCCUUCAAGGGGUCAAAUUUGGAAAAGUAAGUCUUUUUGAAACUUUACUUCAUCAGCUCAUAUCACUUGAUAUACAAAGUAUUUAGCAAUGUCUGCUUCAGUGACAGCUGAAAAAAGCAACACCGUGAUAAAGUAGUUUCUUACAACUAAAGAAAGAGAAAAUGAAAUGCUGAAGUGUUUCAACCUCUCACUUUAUAGGACAGCUGUCACCUCUGCUCUUGACAACAGAACGAAGUCUUUCAAAAUUUAGAAAACAUGUCAUUCCAGACCUUACAUCACAUUUAUCAAGCUAUUAAAUCUUUCUCUGCCUAAAUGUCUUAACAGCUCAGUAGUUUUGGCAUCUCUGCAAAGUAAAGCAACCGUACAAAAUCCAGCUAUGUGAAAUCAGCAUGAUACUGCAUUAUUAACAGUUUUUCAUUCCCUUUAAAUCGAUUUCCUUAAAUUUGAGUCUGAAAAUAAACAUGACAACAAGGAAUUAAAGGUAAAAAUUAGGAUUAUUCUCCUAAAUGAAGUCUCAAACGACACACAAAUAGCAACAUUAGUUAUUUUAACUACUGCUGCAGUCAUGCUUUUUCAUCCUCAAUGUAACCCUGCUGCAUAUGUAAGGCCUAAUCAUAAAUAAGAAGCUCUAUUUUAACUCAUUAGGUUUCACUGAGACUAAGCUGCUAGUUUAGUGGUUGACAAGCGAUUAGGUCCUUAACUAAAGAAAGAGAACCAAUAGAAACUUGUUGAACCUAAACUUAAAGAAAACUGGAUAUAAAAGCAACGGCAUAUCAAGAUUUAAGCACAGUAAUCAAUCACCCAAAGAAACCUUUGAAAUGUCUGUUUUUAGGCACAACCGAUUCUCAGGACUUUGAAUCAAGAAAAUAAAUAUUUUAUAAUGAAAUAAACUUAAAAACUUGGAUUUAUGUGGCGUUUCACAUCUGUGUUCCAUGAGAGAGAGAGAGAUCACAUCGGGGUUGGAGUGGGGGUGGGGGGGUGGGGGGGUCGUAAGGGUUGAAUUCAACUCUAUAACCUGCAGGCAACAUAUUAUUGCAAUUCAUUUAUUCCUGUUGUGAAAAGUUGAGUUUGAUAAUCAAGAUGUGUUUUUUUUGUUUUUGAGAAAAUAGGAUGACUGACCUGCAGGCUGUUAGAUGUAUUUUUUGCAUUUCCUGAUCUUAAACCAGCAAUGUUGUUUUUCGAUGUACAAGUAUUGGCUGGUCCUCUUCAACCAUUACCCGCUUUUUUCUCAUAGCUGUAUGAAUAUUUGACAGACCUAAUCACUGAAUUUAAUGUUAAGCUUUGCCAAAAGGGCUUAGAUCGUGUGAAGCAGACAUGUUGAUUAAACAGUCAUUUGUGUAACAUUUGAGAAAGAUGACAUUCUUGAUAAUAAAGAUGAUAAUGAUGUUGUAACACGAGGUUUACCAGUACCAACACAAAGGAAGCAUGUCACGCAAUCUAUUUACUAACAGUACUGUCUUCAUGUCUCCCUCCUUUCACCUAUAAUAGAGAACAUGGAGGAAAAUAUGGAUGAUGCUUUUUAAACCCAGCUCCACAGGGGUUGGACGCUUAGAGCUUCAUACAGUGGUGGACAACAGUCCUGUUGCUGAUCAGAAGAAGAGCAGUUGGCAGAGAACACCUGAGAGAAAGGUGGUGCGUUUAAGUGACUUCCUCAGCGUGACCCCUGCACCAAAGGAAUCUUGCCCUCGUGGCUGCACAGCUUUUUACUUAAACACCACUCAAAGCACCUACACCUUGGCCUCCACUACAAGCGAGGACUGGCUGAGUGCCCUCUGUCUUCUGGCCUUUCAGGUAUCACACCCCACUUUUGUUUUUGCACUUUUCUUCUCUUAUCGAUAACAGUGGUGUUAUCGUUUGGGAAAGUUGGGGGCUAACCUUACCCACAAUCAGGGACAGAUAGCACUAUGAGGAAGUGGGUGUAGUAUCUGUAACUUCUGCCACUUCACUUCUCUAAUUCUUGUGCUUGCACAAGCAAUUCUGUUUCUUGCAUCUUAGCUCUGCAAGGUCGUAAAAGAAGAUAAGAGGCUAGUGUACACUCCAUGUGAUGUUUACUGUGCCACUGUGUUUACAGAAGGAUCCUGGAGAAUCAGACAAAGGGGGUUUCGAGAAAGAGAAUGGUUAUACUAUGGAGGACAAUGACCUCUACUCGUCUUGGAAAGCAGGUAAUGUUUGUCAGUCUGUGGGCGGACAGCUGAUCGGCCAGUUAGUGAUCAGUACUGAGAUCCAUCUGUGGAGUUUUAAGGCAGAUCGAACGGAAGCCAUUUUUCUUGUUUUGUCAUCGGCCUGUCAUUUAAUAAUAUAUGGUACACCCCAUCCAAAAAGGGGGCUGUAUGGUGUUGAAAACUAUCCAAAAACAACCUACUUUUUAAAUCCACUUAAUAUUUAACACACACAAAGGAACCAUAUCAGUCAACAAGGACCAAAAACAUCGAUCAUACUAACAAAGAAAAGGACAAAAUGUCUGUCUUAGGUUGUGUUCACACCAAAUACAAAUAAAACUAGAAAAGCACUCAGAGAGGGCAGACCUCCGCCAAGCAGCUCAUGUCCCCCCUUAUAUUGUGAUUCACACCAAAACUUUUACUGUUACGUGUCUUUUAUUAACUUUUAUUUGUGUUUAAACUGGUAUGUUCACUGUUCAUAAUGUUCCUAAAACAACAAAGCUCAUAUUAGAUACAUAAACGCAUGAUUUAUUAUGCAAUAUUUGUAAGCGUACACUUCCUUGUAUCUUCAUUGGUUAUCUUUUCAUUUUCAUUUUCUACCGCUUAUUCCCGUUCCCGGGGUCGUGGGGGGGCUGGAGCCUAUCCCAGCAUCUUCAGGCGAAGGCAAGGGACACCCUAGCCCCCUAACCCUAACCAGGUGUACCCUGUUGACAGUAUCACCUGAAGGACUAGAGAGACAAUUGACGGAGGAAAGAGACAAACAGAGCAGAGAAAAACCCACAGCUCUAACUGUGUUACUUUGGGAACACCUUUCAAUAAAGACCAGGAAAACUCUUGCAGAGAGAGACAAAUUCAUUGUAUCAUAAACUAAAGACAUCAGCAGAAAAUGAAUAUGUGGGAGCAGCAACCAAAGCCACUAAUUUAUUCAAACAGGAAUGACAGAAUAUAUUAGCGUCAGCAAGCUGUGGCUUACACAUUUUUUUUUCCUUUUAUUUCCUAAUGGAUUACACUCCGGCUGAACAAUCCAGCCAGUCAGUCACGUGGGGAGAUUAGUUCAAUACAAGCAAUUUCAAACCAGCCCUUUCCUGCAUGGUAAUGCAUUUGCUGUAGAGUUAGUCUCUCUGCUGCUGCAUUGCCUUAUAAAGCAAACCUUGUGUGUUUCAUGGUUAGAUACUGCGCUGUAAUGUCACAAAGCUGUGUCAUAUGGAAAUGUCGCCUUGUCUCUCAUGUUUAGAUGUGACCCUUCUUCCAAAUCAGUACCAAGUGACCAUACAGAGCACAGAGGCGUCCAGGAGGUGUCAGCUGAAGGGGAUGUAUGUGGUAUCCCCAGAAAAAGAGGCUGUGUCUCUGCUGUCCAUGAGUUCUGGUCACAUCAUCUAUCGCUGGCCAUACACAUUCCUACGGAAAUUUGGACAGGUUGAGGUAAGGUAUUUUAUAAAGGGAAACAAAAUUGUCUCUAAACUGUAGCAGAACACUGGCAUCCGACACUGAAGUACUAGCUUUAUAGCAUAACCACUCUGGUGUGUUGCAGAGCUACAGGUAUAUACCAUCUAUGGGAAUACAGUCCGCCCACUUUGUGACCUGCCUUGGCCACUUUUUGAUCUGAGCUGUUCAUAAACCAUAGUUAAGUGGUUUUCAUGGCUUGCAGGCAUUUCUAACACUCACUCAUAAGCACAUCACACCUCAUUUGUUUUGUCUCUUGAAUUGAGCUGUAAAAAUGACACAUUGUGGUUUACAGACUUCAAGGCAUGUGCCAGGACGGCUAUUUAAGCUGUUUACAGUGUUUUUGUCGAUGCUAAUAUGAGAUUUAUGUAGCAAAACAUAUUAUAUCAUAUUAUAUAUUUACAGUUUAUUUCUUUAUCUUUAUUUUUUACUUUUUACUUAAUAAUUACAGAAGAAAUAACAUUCUUUAUGAUAUUUCCUCUUCAUUAAGUCCCUUUUGUGGACAUGAGGCUUUCUAUUACUAAUUUAGCCCUGGGACUUCAUACUAGCCUGCAUGUACUAGUUUGCUCCAGGUGUAAAAAUAUAUUGUUAAUAAACUUUUUAUCACUUAAGUAAUGGCUAUCAGUGGUUGACCAGAAAGUAGAAAACUUUACAGCAUACUUAUGGAUACAAAUGCAAAUAAUUUCUGCAAAUAAUUAAAUACAGUAUUUAUGUGUAACUGGAAGACAUACAGAGGGGAAAGAGGGUUGGAAAAUAUCUGAGGGUGAUUUUUUGUCUGCAGUCUAGACUCACUCACAAUUAAGAUAAAUCAAUAUCACACUCAGGGUUGAGCCUUUGCACUGAAAAGCUGCACAGCUGAGAUUAUCUUGAAAUCAUGCAAGGGUUAAUAUUGGGUAUAACAGCACAGUCCCUUGUGUGAUAUUGUUUAAUCAUAUUGGUAUUCUUUAUGGGUGCUUAUAGUUUGGCCACCAUUUCCCUUUAGUAAAAUGUAAAAUCUGAUGUUAUUGCAGGGUGGGUUCAGCAUUGAGGCUGGCCGUCGCUGUGACUCAGGUGAAGGAGUGUUCAUCUUCCUGUCCAGGCACGGCCCCCAGAUUUUCCAGGCUAUACUAAAACAGUGCACCGCGGAGAAGACGCCCUCUGCUCAGCAACUGGCCGUCCACAGAAGAUCACUAUCUGACCAGUGUCCUGUUAUCCUCCCCACUAAAACCAUCCCACCGUUCGGUUCUCCUGUCCAAAGUCCUGCAGAUUAUUUUGCCGACAAAGAGGACAAGUCUACAGACCAUUAUGCUACGAUUAAUGACACCUCUGUACCAAAACUCAAGCAGCUAUCUCUUCUCAAGCCUUUUUUCUAUAACAGCAAGGAGUCUGUGGGGGAUGAUGAUGAUGAUGAGCGCUGUCACUCCCUGGAGUCUUUACAGCUAAAUGAUGUCAUGGAGGAGAAUCUUUAUUGCAAUUUUAGCAGAGCAACGCCGCCCUUGAUCCCGAGAGAACAGAUCAAACCUGGGAUUGAAGAUCCAGAGUGCAUCUAUUCUGAGGUAAAAGUUAUCCAGUCUCCUUUAAAUCCCAGACUGCCCUUCUCCUCACUCCUCCCUCAGCCUGUCCCCCCACUGGCUCUCUGCCCUCCUCCUUGCCCUCCUCCUUGCCCUCCUCCCCAGACCGCUCCCUUCAUCCUCCCUCGGCCCCGAUAUCAGCGUCAGUCCCCUGUGAACUUCCAGCCAGACAACAAUACACAAGAUCAGCCAGUGGAUGACAUGAAGGAGGAAGAGGAGGCCACCGGCUCCUCCAGUCGCCCGGCUCCCACAGAGGCUCCCGGCAGCUUUAAACACAGGCUGGCAGAAAUCAUUUCCAAGGACCUGGCAAAGUUCCAGCCCCCACUUCCCCCCGGGGCGGGCAGCCUCACAUUUUCUCAAUAG